GGAGGGAGCGUGGCGGCGGCAACCGGGAGCCAACAGCGGCGUCGGAUGCCGCACCCCUGCGCACGAGCGCCAGACGUGCCGCAGCAGCAGCGGCGGCAGCUGCCGCGGCUGCCGCCGCCGAUGGAAUCAGCCCAGCCGCCUCUCCUACCGUUGAUGCCACCCAUGCCGCCAGCGCGUCGGCUCGUCAGCGUACGGCAGGCGGCGGCUCCGCGGCCGCCGCUGCCGGUGCUCCUCCCGGCCACGCUGGUGGCGGCGGCGGUACGGCAGGAGUCGAGGACCCGACGUCGCUGUCGGCCGGCUGGCGGCGGCUCUGGCAGCAACUGUACCAUGCAGUCGGCUUGAGCGAGGGCGAGUUCAUGGUAGACUCAGCGAAACAAGCACAAGGAGCUGCUGCCCUUGUACCACAGCCCAGGAAGACCAGUCGGGGCCAAGGGGAGGUCCAGGGGUUAGGGCAGGCCUCCCAGCGGCAGGGGGGGACAUCCCAGGGCGGCGGCGGCGGCCCGGCGUCUGGCGCUAGCGGCUCCGCUGAUGCUACUGCCGCCGCGAGAGCGCUAGUACCCGGCUCGGGUCCUUGCCUAGAUUUGGACGAUGCUGGACCCGUGGGUCGGUGCUUGCGACAGGGGGCUGGUGUGGCGGCGGUGGGGACUGCGUUGAUGCAGUACGUGCUUGCCCGGCCGGAUGUACUGCGGCAGUGGCCACCGCUUGUACGGCAGGUUUUGCUGAUCGAGCCGUACGUUGUUGACAACAUUUAUGCAGCACGUGGCGACGGAAACGGCGGCGACGACGAGUCGGCGGCGGCGCAUUGGGCGCUGCUGGCGGCGCUUCAUCUGGAUCAGGCGUUGACGGUGCGAGGGGCGGCGGACAGGGCCGGCGCCGCCUCGGCGGAGGCAGGUAUGGGCAGCCCGGGCAAGGUCCGACCUCGCAAAGUAAGGAUCGGCGCGGCACCGGCAGCGGCGGCAGGAGCAGCCUCGGCUGCUGGUGGCAUGGGGGAAGCCGUCGAGGGCCGUCAGCCCCGCGGCGGUGUAGCAGCCGCUGUCGAUGCUGACGGUGGUGACGGCGGUUGGGGUGACAUGGACGUGGAGGAGCAUGUGCGGAGGGCUGAGGAGCUGCUGAGGCGACUGCUGGCGGCAGCUGUGAUGUUGCCGCUCGGGGUCAGCGUGCUGGCUCCUGCAACGCCCGCUGUGACGGAGGGAGGCGGUGGAGGCGGCUCUGCAGAGCUGGAUGAAGGCGGGGAUGGCGGCUGCAGCAGUGGUGGUCGUGACGGAGAAGACGUGAACAUGCACGACGCCAACACACCCGAGUCGGAGUUGCGGGGAGUGCAAGGCGCCUUGGAGGCAACAACGGCGGGUACGGCAGUCACCGUUGCGAAUGCCGCACGGCUUGCGACGUCCCGCCGUGCUAUGGCCAUGUACUACUGGCUCCAGGGCCUCCUGCUGGAGAAAGAACGCAAGGUCCUUGACGCCCAAGAGAGCUACCUGCGCUGCUUGGAACUCUUGCCGUCACUGCACGCUGCUGCUGCGGAGGAGGCGGAGGAGGAGCCAGCGCAGCGCGCGGACGCAGCUGCCGGAGGCCAAGAGGCCGCAGCCGGAGGUGCAGACACCGCAGCCAACCGCGGCCCUGCUGUCUGGGCUGGUUGCUGGCAGCUGGCGGGCUGCCGUACAAUCCGCCCGCCGACGGAGGUUGCCGUACGGGAACGGGUACGGUCACUGGAGGUAUUCCGUACCAUGGCGACAGCGGAGGAGCUUGCAGCGGCGGGUGCGCAUGCGGAGGUGGCGAGGCUGCUGAGAGAUGUUGCGUUCCCGCCGCCGCCAACGGGACGAGGAGACGCUGAGGGGGCGGCGGUUGGCAUGGCAGAACCUGCUGCAGAGGGGCCGCGAGAGGAGGCAGCACCCCGCUGGAUUGAGGAUCUGCCGUCAACAUGCGCCGUACGACAACCCGCAGAUGCUGAUGGGAUUGGUAGGGUUGAGGAAGCUGAAGCGUCGGCGGAAAGUGCGGCACAAGUGCAGAUGAGAGCCGUACAGUUGCUGAGGUCCUCGCUUCUGUCGCUGCUACAGCCGCCACCUACGCCGCCUCGACAACCGCCAACGGCGGCUGCGGUUGCGGUUCGGCCCCAGCAGCCGCAGCAGCGGCAUGCCGGCGAGGGAGGGGCACAAGCGGGGCUCCAAAACACACACGCACCGCUGCCAGCGGCAGCCGUGACUGUUGCUGCUACUGCCACCGGAGGAGGAACGCAACCUCAAGACCAGCAGCAGCAGCAACGCCAGCCAUCGGCGGCUCUGCAGACGCUAGCUGCGGGGCUCGGGGCCACUGACGCAAUGCCUGUUGUUGAACGGGUGCUGUUAGCGACGGCGGCGGCGGAUGGCGGACCUGACGGCGUCGCGGCGCAGAACGUGACGUCAGCGGGGGAGCAGGAGCGUUCACGCCGCGCCGCGCUACGGCCGUAUCGCUGGUUGCUGCUGCGCUGCAAUCUCGCGUUGCUUUGCUACAGUCUCCGCCAAGCUGUCUCAUCGGCGACGGAUGCGCUAUCGGUCCGGAAAUCCGUCGGCUCAGCGUCAGUGGCGGGAGCGGAGCUACGGGCGCCGGCGACGGAGGUUCGUGAGUGCGUCGCGGCGCUUCGGGCGUGCAGUCGACUCGGCGCGGCAGACGACGGGGAUCACAGCGACGCCAACAGCGGCGGUGGCGACGACGGCCGAACGGUGUUGCCUGUCGCCUGCUUACCCUGGGUCCGGCGGUUGCAGCAACGACUUCUAUCGUACCUCCAGGCGCUCCAUACGACAGCGUUACUAGUAGACCCGCACGCGUCAUCCACCGCUGGUGCUGCUGUGGCUCCUGGCGGCGGGGCCGGCGGUCCUGGCGGCAGCGGUCCUGGUGGAAUGGGCCGCCUUAACAUGAGGGUCCAGCUGGUGCGGACCCUCAGGGGCCUUAUGCUGGAGUCCAGUCUUGGCGUCCUGGCGUGCUACCGGCUGGAUCCGCUUGCGCCGG